UUUUCUGAAUGACCUAUUCACUUCAAAAUUUAUGUUAUGUUUUAUGUUUAUGUUCCUGCCGUACGAAAAACGGCCAUAUAAUAUUGUUUUCUAUAUAUUUGUUUUUUUUUGCAGAAAAAAAUAAUCAGUCGCGAUCAGUGAUGAUGCAAGCCCAAUUGGGACGCUAACCAACGGCGACUGGCAAACAGAAAGGGGGAUGCGUAAAUUAAUAUUCUAUCAACGAAAUACAACCCUAACCCGCUUUGUCCCCAAACCAAUCUGGGUGGAUCUGGGUGGAAGAUCUUGAACGAAAGCGCAAGUAAAUGGGGGGAGGGUGGAUCGUUGCGAAUCGGUCGAGAAUCAGCGAUAACUACGAACGUACGUAGAAAGCAUAAGGAGCCACCACCGGCACCAUUUACAGUACCCAUUGGCCAGUACAGUGGAGGACCGUCAGCAUCGUUGAAAUCAGUUAUGUGGUUGAAAGAAAAGUAAAACCAAAAAAAAAAAAAUGAUGUCACCUCGUGUUCCAACAAAACUCACUAAAAAGAAGGCCCAUGGAAUUAGUAAAGGUGGUGUUAAAUGAUCGUCACAUCGUUUUGAAGCUAGAAAAUGAAAACAGAAUCUAAUAAGAGAGAGAAGGUUGUGAAGAUCAUAAAGAUCGAGACAGAAAAAAAAAACAAAAGCCCUAAAACAUCUUUGUCCACAAGAAAAGCAUCGUAUAAGCACUGGAAUAAAAGUAAAUCUUUGUGAUGGAAGCUUUCUAGGUAGCUAAGCAAACACGAAACUAUGGCACAUCCUAGUCAAACACCCUAGCACUCCAACACUUCCGACUCGUUCGUCGAAGCACACCGGCGAUUGUUGUUGUUCGUGGGUAAUUAUUCGCUUCACGGUCUCUUACAACGAGGCUUCGAAUGCGUAUUGCUCAGCCAGUGCCACAAAGCAACGGGUGCAACAUUCUCGCAGGUAAGCUUUGUGAGGUGUCACUUAAAGAUUCCUGUCCGCAAAACCUACCAAAGAGGUAUCAACAGACACGAUUACAAAAGUGCGAUAACAAACAGACAGGUGAUGGGGAGGUGUCCCUUGGCCGGAAGAUGGUGUUUAGCUUCCGUUUUAUGUUUUUGUUGCGUUUGGAAGUAGGAAAGCGUAGCCAAGCAACCGUCAAUACCUCGCAGUAUAGGCUCCCGCUAGUGUGAAAAUAGAGAUGGAAAUGAACCUCUCCCCCUUCGCAAAGUAUGGACGCUAAUGACGGCGUAUCAAAAAAGCAUCGAAACAGGUGUUCCGGUGUGCUUGCGACUGAUGCGAAUGGGAAGGAAAAGUGUUUACUUUAGCUCGAAACAAAACCGAAACCUUCGUUCCCCACAUGCUAGCAAGCCAUUACACAUUACAAUGCAUGCUAGGGUGCGUUUGAAGAUUGCGCGACAAGUAAGUCACGCGGCCAUAUCGACAGCCAUGAAUUAAAUCUUCACACACAUGCGGCAAAUGCGAACGACAGCCCCCGGAGAGGCUCGUUUGGCAUGCAUGUGUUGCGUUGGAAGUGAGCACUGGAAGAAGGUUGCUUUGUGGCCCGAAUUGUGGCACCGCUGGUGACAGUUUCGCUGCGACGGUGAACACGGCACGGUGUCGUUGGUGAUGGUUUUGGUGUCUAAAGCUUUGUGUGACUGUGCUGCAGUGAAAGAGUGAAAUUAAGGAACGUUCUUAAGCAAAAAACUAGAAGUGAUGUGAAUGAUUUUGGUUCGUGUUAUUUGGUUGAAGAUCCUUACCCGUUCCGUAGCUUGUAAAUAUUGGACGGCAAAAGCACGGCAGAAUGUUCAACGACAGAAAACUUACCGGCAGUGGCCAUGGGUUCGUAAAGGCGUACAGCAAUAAUUGGUUAUCGCAGCUGGGAGCCGUUUACAAAUAUGAGUCACCAAAGGAUGUGUUGCGGAAACCGAACCAUCAGCACCGGAAGAUCGCACUAUACAGCAUCCUAGCGAUGGCAUUUGUGGCCUUCUUUACACUAUUCAUGAUAGUGCACGAAGCUGAUCGUAAAUCUCGUCAAAUACUGAUCGAAUCCAGCUUCACCAAUGAGACAGCUAUCGAACCAAGUGCUGGCGGGUACAAUACCAUCCUAACGACACCUCUUUCGUCGCGUUUACCAUCGACUGGAAACAACACUUCCCCGGAGGAAGAGGCUUCUAUGAAGCGAACACGCCGUCUGAGAUAUUACAGUGCAGCAGAAAAGCCUGCUAAAGGGCGCGAUCGUUUAGUACUGCUUCCGGCACGAUUUCUUAAACCACCUUCCCGUGCUCCCGAAUGGUCAUCGUCGUGGGAGGAAACGAAACCUAUUCCUUCCACCGUGGAGGAAGCUGAACGGCGCCGCGACACGUUGGCCGUAGAGCCGAAACCCUUCCAGGUGGCAAUAAACGGGCUGGUACCGAUCGGGUUUCAGCAACCGCGUGUAAACCGUACAACGAAAGCACUGACAAACGAUUGGACACCUUCCAACGUGCAGGACAUUGUACGUCAGCUAACGCUGGCCAAGCGCAAGCAGCAACAGCAACUUCAACAGCAACAUCUUCUCUACUACAACUAUCCGUACAAUCCUUCACUACAACCGGCAGAGUUUAAUCAUCCGGUGCAUCCUAAUCAUCGCGUCAAGUUCAGCGGCAUUUAUCGUCACCCGCGCAAAGAAGGCGACAUAACGACGUUGUUUGGUGCGGCUUCGCAACGUCCGCGCGAAGUACAUCUGCAGGCACCGCAGCUGAUAAACCAACAGCUACAACCCGACCGGUUGUACAACUUUAAACCAUCAAACCCGAGCGAAGUAAAUUUGCUAGCGACGGAACAGUUUCGCUUUGCGCCCGCUAGCACUCAACUACCGGAAAGCGAAGAGUGGUCUACACGUGGAAUGCCUUUCUCAGUGAUGCUUAAUCUAGAACCGAUGCCGAUUGUGGGACCAGGUACUAAAGGGCUUUCUCAGCAGCAUCAACAACAAAGAUACAGGAAGCGUGUUCGGAAUCCAUAUCGAAAUCCGUACCGACAACCACCGGCCUGGCCGGAACAAUCCUUUGCCCAGUUAGCUCCCUACCAGCAGCGUGUGCGACCAUCGCCAACGCAACCCUUCCGGACGGCAUUCGGGCAGGCCGGAAGUAACGAAUACGAGGGUGAAAAUUAUUUCCGCAAGGAGGGUCGUAUGCCACCAAGGAUUCCACCGUUUUCGGCACCAUUUAUUGCACCGGGUCGUUUGAUGGUACACUUUAACAUCUACCCGCGGCAUCAACCGAUCUCGCAGGUGGCGGAACGUCGAGAAUCGGGACACGAUCACACUACGCCUGCUUCGUUGGAAGUGCUCGAGCUAAACAAGGGUGAAGAACAGCAACAGCGGAUACAAACUACCAGCGAAGAACCACCUGGAACGAUGGCACCGGUCACAUCAACGGUGGAGGUGAUAAAGUCGAUUGAAAUACCGACGCAGAUCAACUUCGAUCAUGUACCACUGGGACGCAAUCCUCCACCACCGUUACCGUCCUUUAGUCGUUGGACCAGUGACGAACAUGCCACUAGAAACGUUUGGAACGGAGGGUUGCGAGUGUGAAGGAACAUUGGUGCAUUUGUUUGUAGAGCUUCGUAGAUUAUGAUAUACUAAUGAACGUAGUUACUUUAGGGUAAGCUUAGGCUGGGAGUAUGUGCAUUAGAAUGAGUAUUGUAAUGGCAGAAAGAUAGAACGGAUUCGUCAGUACCAGUCAUCGUUCGGUAUGAGUGUGAUCAAUCUAUUUAUUGAUUUGCUGUUACUGGCGUACUUUGGUGUUCGGGAGGUGCGUUAGUUGACUGUUAUUUAGUUGCUUAGACGUCUACCAACACGAUCUUCAAAUUUUGUUAACUUGCGAUUGCGUUGUUGCACUGAUUGAAUGUUUUGAAUCGGAUUCCAAUAACUGUCCAUUUCUUCUUUGAAGCAUUUUCUCAAGAGCCUGCCAUUUCUGGCUCUCCUUGACUUUAUUUAUCCGUAGAAGAAUAGUUAGUAUUGCGUAACUAGGUACAAUCCUGAUGGGUUUUGAUACCCGGAACUAACAAGUAACCCGGCACCGAUAAGACCUGUUGCACCGACACCGUCCCUAUAUUUGUCCACAGUCGUUUUAAUUGUCUUCUGUUGUUGGAGACAAAAAUCAUGAAAAGCUCUCGUG